CGUUGACAGGUUGAGCGCCUCUGAGUGUCAUCGUCGGUCUAAUGCCACAUUGCCACCAAGUGAUCACAAUAUCUCGCCUAAAGUAUAACUGCGGCCGACGAUGAGAGAGAUCAUUCUACUAGUACGCCUGCAGGGAUUCAUCUCCGGUCCGUGAGCGAUGGUUAGACGGCCAGUCACUGGUCAUGACCGAUAUGACCAUCACCAAGACUUUGCUUACUCUGAGUCAGGGUCAUUCCCCAAUAACCCAUGUAUGGCAUAAAAUUGGUAGUCCAUAAGAUAUUUUGGCUCAAAUGUGACUGCGGUCGGACCUAUGACUUUGCUGCGGUGGCCAUGCAUGAUAGUUACUGCACUGCCCGGACCAAUGCCCUGCCAUGCCUCGUGCAGCGUGAGAAAUGCGCACGAGAUAAGUUUUGUGCAAAGCGACAACGGGUUUAGUUCUACUAGCACCCUCUUCUUCUCAUCGUCGACGUUAAUUAACGGUUUCCUCUAUUGAACAAUGGCCAACAAGGAUUACUACAGCGGCGGUCAGCAAUACUACCCACCCCAAGGCCCACCGCCAGGACAGGGGGGUUACUAUCCCCAACAACCCCAACAAUCGUACGGAGGCCAGCCUUAUGGUCAACCUUACGGCGGACCUGGGUACCAACCUCAACCGCCACCGCAGACCGUUUACGUACAACAACCUGCUCAGUCCAGUGGUGCUGGUGGAGGCACUGGCUGCCUAGCUUGUCUUGCUGGUGCAUGUCUUUGCUGCUGCGCUGAGGAGGCACUUUGCGAUUGUCUAUUGUAAGACUUGAGAAUUGCAUGGUAGGGCUACUGUCCGCUGGCACGGUGCAAUAUUGCCCAGUUGAUGAGAAACUGUUCACGAUACGCCGUAUAAGCCGGCCGGAUGCCUUUAUGCUACAAUGGACACGAACUUUUACUUUCCCUCCUUAGUCGCGAGCCUUCCUGAUUCCUAUUCGUUUUUGGACUACGAUACCGUAUUUCGUGAUAGUGUCGUUUCUAAAUGACUUUGUGAGGCUUGCGGCAUUGUCAUUUUUUUUGUAAAUUUAUUCGUCAAAGAUAUCAUACCCUUUUCCAAUUUUUGCAUGUUUGGAGAAAGGCUGUGAAAUCCAGGUGAUUUUAUUGGAGGAUCGGGAACUACGGUACUGCCGACUAGCCUCCGGUUCGUUCCGUGA